AUGCAAAUUAAAGGGGAAGAUUGGUUUAAACAUUAUGCAGGAUUUGAAGAAUAUGUUAAGGGUGUAUAUGAGAACAUGGUCCUCACAGAAAAUGAUGGAUUCUGCCAAAUUCAAUCGAAAAUUAAUGGAAAAACAUUUAAUUGCGGAAAAUUUACUAUAAGAACUAUAGACUCGUUUAAUUUAGAACCUAUUGGUAAUGGUAAAUUGCAUAUUAUAUGCGGAAAAGGAAGAUAUUCCAAAAGAAUGGAUUUAGUUGACGUUUUACAAAUGCAAAACAAUCCAGAUUUUAAUGGAGCAACAUUUUUAGCGGCUUCUAACUUCAAUUGUCUCGAAUUUCCUAGCGCCAAAUCAAGAGCAUCGCAUGGAAUUCGUUUUUACGCAGUAGAUGUUACUCAAGGUCCUACAUUAUCAAUAGCAUCAUUUGGAGCAAUAUUAUAUCGUAAUUACUUCUUGCCUUACGGAAAAACUCAAGAAAAUGUUGAUGAUGAAAUAAAUCUACUUGAUUCUACUCCAAUUUUCGUCAAUCAUGGCAAAGCAUGCUUAAGUACAGACGAAGAGAUGAAGUUAGUCGAGAAUUUUGACUUUUCCAAUGAAAAUCUUUAUAAAAUUGGAGUUCACGAAAAUGUUGAAGUUACAACAAACAGAUUGCAGCAGUUUAACUAUAUUGAUGCAAAGCCUGAUCAAUAUGUACACCAAGUAUUCGCUGCUUCCUUUGCUUUAGGCAGUUACGUCGCCAGAAAUGAAAGAAAUUUGGAAAUUUUGUCUGAAAUUUUGUUUUAUGAAUAUAAAUUGACGAUUUUAGCUGCAUGGGAGAAUUCUCUUAAAUACCCUGAUAGAGCUGGUUCUAAGAAGUGUGUGCUUACUACUCUUGGAAUGGGAGUUUUCAACAAUCCUCCAGAAAUUGUUGGAAACGCAAUUUCAAAAUGCAAAGAUUUGAUUUUAGAAAGCGGAUUAGAUGUAUAUGUUGUUUGUUUCUCUGAUAAUAACCGUGAUGGAUUCGGUGCAAUAUAUCCUCACCUCAAAGAUGCAAUAGAAUCUACUCAAGGAACUGUAAUUUAUGCUUAA